CACAUUAUUAUUAAUUGAAUUUAAACGAAAGUGAGAUGGACUGAGCAUGAAUAUGUCUGGAUAUCAGAAGAUGUGUAUGUCUCCAGAGUUCCCUCCCUUACCAACAGGUGGGUGGGCGUCGAAGCCAGCACGAUCGCAGGACCACCAUAGAAGGGCUGCCACUGUACAAACAAGUAGGCCUACACGGUUGUACAAGUUGGAGAUGGUGUGUGCCUUUAUAAUACAUACACUGUUGCCGGGAACUUGUAGAGUUCUAUAUUCACGGAGAUUUGCCGUCGAAUUCAGCUGUCAAGUUGAGUUUGUAAAAGAAGAUGCCACCGCCAGGAAAAUGUCGUCAACUGACAUUCGGCAGCGAGAGAAACGUACUGUUGAAAGAAUCGCGGCGACUGUUCACUCUGAGUAUCAGUUCAGGCGAGCGGUAGCUGGUAGCUUUGUGGAAGAUGAUAUGCAGAGAUUUAACAACGAGGAAUCUCUUCCUGAUUUCGAGUACGGAAUUAUUCGACUACCCGCAGGCAAAUUUUUUCAAGACGACAAAUCGGCUGUGUGGUUAGGGGCAGGUAACUCUGGGUUUACCAUGGUUUGUGACAAGGGAGAGAAUUUGAUGAUGGCUGAAAGUGUGUUAAAACUAGUGGUACGUUUUCUUCAGGAGCAUACCAGAAUCCUUGGCCAACAAACAGAAAACUUGCUCAAGUGCGACAGAAUUACCAUGGUUGUGGAACAAUUUUUGCCCAACGGUAUUCUGUUAUUCAUGAACCAUAGGGUCAUCAGGCAGAUGGAAAAAGAGCUUGAAACACUUAUGAAAGGAUGAUCUAAAAUCAACCAUCAAGUGACUUUAAAUUGUGUAUUUUUUUUUUGUAUUUUGUAAGUGUUUAAUUCCAUUCAGAACAUUCAUAUGUUGAUGAUAAAUUCUGCAUAACUCAGUUCAUGUCAAUUAUUGAGAUCAAAAUUGUAAUAUCCAUACAUGAAAAAUGUUUAUAUACGCCUGCAUGUAUAUUCUCCGACCAUCAUAAUAUAUAAAUUUGUACGCUUUUUCUGGUGCCAAGGGCUUUAAGUUAUUCUA